UUGCCUUGAGUUCGGAACCUCUCGAAAAUUCUUGCAUUUGCUGGCAGUUUGCAACACUUCAGAUUUCUAAAUUUGGUGUUUGGAGUUAGUUGAUUACUUCUGUCAACCCAGAAUUUGACAUCUUCCAAACAAUGCGAUAAUACUGCGAAAGUAAUUUGCACACGCGAUUUACUAAAGAAAGUUUAGAAAAACGUAUCACAUUAACAACGUGUCAAAAUGGCAGCAAUACAUCGAGAAGCGAUACAAAAACAGAUUCAACAGGACUGGGCUAACCGAGAAUACAUAGAAGUUAUCACUGGUAGCAUAAAAAAGAUUACGGACUUCCUUAAUUCUUUUGAUAUGUCUUGCAGAUCGAGAAUAGCAGUCCUUAAUGAGAAACUCACAACCCUUGAACGGAGAAUCGAAUAUCUUGAGGCAUGUGUCACAAAGGGUGAAACGCUGACAUAAUUCUUCCAUGUGUAAUGUUAAUGCAAUGUCUUUUUACAAAUUUUUUUUAUUUCCUGUACUAGAAUCAGAAUAAAUACAUGUUGACAGUGGAA